AUGUCGAACCAGCCGGAGAAGGAAGACUCUUCUUUCCAACAUCUACCCCCACUCCCCCAACUACCACAAUGGGGUAUACUGUCGCCUGACAGUUCUCCCCCGGACUCAAUUGGCCGCCCUUUAAGUUUCCCUACAUCUUCUGUGAGAGACGGCCCUCCUGUUGCUCGUGAUCGUUCUUCAGCCUCUAGUAUUAAUGCGCCUAAUAUGGUGGUCUCUGAUCGUGCUGAACUUGAUCGUGGUCGCUCAGCCUCUGGACUAUUACGGGCAGGAGGUUCUUUUCGGGGUCGUCCACCCAAUCCACAAGAUCCGUAUGAUAUGAACAGAUACCACGCUAUUCAUAACAAUGCUCGCACAUCUUACCCCGUCAAUAGCGAUACCACCAUGAACAAUGGUCCUGCCAGCAAUCUUCCUCCAUAUAACUCUGACUUCGUAAACGGUGCCCGCGGUCGCAGUCCUUAUCACACUCGCCGUCUCCCGCUCUUUGAACGGAGACCAGUUUCUGUGACGGAUCAAACUUACCCUUCCCCAGCCGUACGACGCCAACUAAUUCCUCCUCCUUCUCUUGCUCCUGGUACAGCUAGUGCAGCUGUUCCAGCUCCAGCUCCAGCUUCUCCAACUGCUCGAGCUGCUCCAGUCACUCGAUCUACUCGAUUUACUGGAUCUCGAGCCAGAGAACAACCCGACUCGAUUGCUAACCCCCAAUCUACUCGAUCCACUCGAUCCACUCGCUCUCAAGCCAAAGAACAAUCCACAUCGAGUGCCGCUGAUUCUCGGGGCGAACAAAAUUCCGCCUCGGCUGCCGUACCAGAAUGGCGUGGUCGAGCUGAAUACGGCAUCGACCGUCGCUCAAUGACAGAGUUAGAACUCUCACAGAUCCGUCCUGGUUAUGGCAGUCUCAUCCCCCGCAAGGAUUGUUUCAAAAGCGCUUCUCCGGGUGACAAGAAAGACAUCGAGUGCGGCAUCACAGAAUCGGAACUUCUUUGGAAUCUCAGAGGAGAGAGAGGUGCUAAGCAACGUAGAUAUUUUAACAAAUAUUCUAAGGUAACGUUGGAAGACAGACUGAGAGCGACUGCAAGACAGAAUGCAAUUCUUGAUAAGGCGAGGAAGAAGGGGAUACUUGAGGGCUAUCCGGCUACACUGCCCAUAGAUUCCCGGUUCCCGAUUGUGGCGCCUGGUCAAGCUGUUGCCCCUAUUGUUGCCCCCGUUGUUGCCCCCGUUGUUGCCCCCGUUGUUGCCCCCGUUGUUGCCCCUGAUGUUGCUGGCAAUGCUGCAGAGUCCACUGAGGAUCAAGAAAUGGCCGAUGACGAUUGGGUUCCGCCUCCUGGUGGUCUUUAUAGUGACGACGACGAUUAA